AAACGUGUUUAUAUGACAAGUCUACAUAAGCUGUCAUUGCCAAAUAGCAUUACAAGUGAUCAUGAUGAAGCAUUCUCUAAAGAUCUUUUACGUCAAUUUGACCAAAAACGAUUUGAACUAGGAUUUACAUCGCAAGAACCAUCACCAGAAUCAAGUUUUCAAGAACCUAUUCAACUCGACUAUGUAGAUGAACCAGAACCAAGUCACAGUAAACGAUCUUCUUCAGCUAGUGAUUUACUAAGACGAUCGUCUGCUUAUCUCAAGUCAAAACUAGACUUAUUAAAGAAAAAAGAAGAAGAGAAACCGACCAAGAUGUUGAUGAAAACAACCAUUUCCAUACCCACUGCAGCCAAACUCAGAACAACAUCUAUGCCUACACCACCUACUAUCACUCAAUACCCUCCUAAACCCCUUGUUUAUUCACCCAUUGAACCCAUUGUUCAACAGACACCUCAAGAUCAUAAACGAUUAUUACAUCGUAUUUCAAUGCCUUUAAUGCGUGUCUAUGAUCAUCAGAGUAUUCCAAGAAACAAAUCUAUUACUUCGUUUGUUACGCGUAGAAGGAAAUCAGAACCAGAUGACCAUACAAAGCGAAAAUUAAGAAGAGGAAAAUAAUGAUUAUGUUUAUGCUACCCUUUUUAUAUAUAUAUAUAUGUGUAUAUAUGCCACUACUACUAUCCCCUCCCCCUCCCAUUUACUUUCAUUUAUAUUAGUUUUUUUUUUUAUAAGCCAAAACCCUAUGAUGGAGGGUUUUCCAAAAAUUGAUUAGAAAACAAAAACAAGUGUCUUCUAAUCGAAUAUACAUUACAAUAUUGCAAUGUUUGGGUUCGGCAUUUACCCAUCAGUAAUAACCUUCACUUGGAUAAGCAUCUCCCCUUUGAAAAGGACAAAGGAGAAAAAAAAAGGCAAUAGAGAAAAAAUAAAAUCUACUUUUUUAUAGAGGAUACGUUGCAAGUAUUUGCUGUCACGAGAGGCUUAUUUAGUCAUA